AUGAACUCCAAGCGACGAGUGGCCACAGCUAUGCCUCAAGAGAAACCGCAACAACAACGCGUCCUGGAGCGUCAAGCCCGGGACCAGCGACUGGAACGCCUCAACGUGGUGCCGUCGGGACACACGACACCAUGGAACUCGAACACUAACGUUCAGUCGACUCGUGUGGCUCGCCCCCUCGUGGCGCCGUUGGUACACACGGCGACGGGAACGCCAUUACGAAUGUCCAGGCGAUCCAGGCGACUCGUGUCGUUCGACCUCGGCAAAAGCCUGCCACGACUCCCCCAAGUGCAAGCAGAAGUCGUCCCCCUCUCGACCGCCUUCAUCUGCACGCGCGGAACGCCAUCGAUCGGUUUGCCGACGCGGGGCCACUAG